CUAAAGGCUGCUAACGUGUUCUUAUUUUCCUCCUUUAGUAACUUGGCCUUCAUGAUUGAGAUUGCUCAAAAGGAAAUGCAAAAAUUCAGGAAGCAAAUUCAAGAUCUAAAUUGGCAGCGUAAGAACGACCAGUUAGCUGGAGGAGCCAAACUGCGAGAGCUGGAGUCAAACUGGGUGUCUCUGGUCAGUAAGAACUUUGAGAUUGAGCGCGCCAUCAUACAGCUGGAGAACGAAGUGACGCAGCUCCGGCAGCAGCAGGGGGACGAGAACAAGGAGAACAUCCGACAGGACUUCUAGAGCAAGUUUAACCCUCGGAGAACUGAUCAGACCCUUAGUCCGAAAUAUGUCAUGUUUCAUUAACUGCAACCUGAGGAGCAACCGUCACUUGUACAGUCUGGAAACCUCCUAGUGUACCUUGAAAACACCGGGGGAAUUUUGAAUAUUGCAGCUUUUGGAUAACUUUUAUUUUUCAAGGGUUAAACAUUUUUAAAGUGGGGCUAUGUAUAAUUGUCAACAAGAAAAAAAUUUGUUAUUUUUACAAAUGCAAAUGUCAAAUUGUUAGCAAUGAAUCAAACUUUGCUAGGUAGCCAAAGGCGGCUAAAGCUAGCGAAUGUUAGGUAUAUUUGCUGGCAUGUCUUUCUGCUUGUGCCACUGUCAUACAAACAUUGUUCAGCAAAAGUUACAUAAUGUGUCUUUUUAAAGGGUGAUUUAUACCAGCGUGUAGGUGUCAGUGUUUCGAGGCCAUCCACCAACAGGAGUGUUAAAGAUUUAGUGUACAUAGUUUUUCCAUGACACUUUUCUAUGCGAGCCCCACCGUGACUUCAUUUAUGCUGUUUUAAUAAAAUGAACAUUUUCUAGUA